UUUACUUGUGUUCUAGACUCAGCAAACCGCCACUCAAUGGGGAAAACAGAGGGGCUCGAGGAAACGGUCGAGGAAGAAGUCAAUGCGCAACAAUGAGUCUGGACAAAACCUCAAAGUGAUAGAUAAAUAAGGGAAAGUAGGUUUUACAAUCCACAACGUGGUAGUUUACUUUUUUUAAUUUUUAGAAACGCAGUGGCCAUUGGAAACGUUGCUGUGCAGCGCAAUGGCUACCCAGUGCGACUCUCUGAGCGGAUACUUGCAACAGUCGGACCAGGGCUCAAAUAGCGAGCGUAGUACUGACUCCCCGGUCCCCGGGUCCGAGGAUGACUUGAGCGGACCCCAUGCCUUACCAGACCCGGAGUGGACGGAGGAGAGAUUUCGAGUGGACCGCAAGAAACUGGAAAUCAUGUUAUUAGCGGCCGCUGGGGGACGAGUCAAUGGCGGCGAGGAUUUCUUUCAGAAGGUCAUGGAUGAAACCAAAACACAGAUAGCGUGGCCUUCCAAAUUGAAGAUCGGAGCCAAGUCCAAAAAAGAUCCGCACAUUAAGGUUUGUGGAAAGAGAGACAAUGUGAGGGAAGCCAAAGACCGAAUCAUGUCAGUCCUCGACACAAAGACUAACAGGGUAACCCUUAAGAUGGACGUGUCCCACACAGAGCACUCCCACGUCAUCGGCAAGGGAGGCAACAACAUCAAGAAGGUGAUGGAGGACACGGGUUGCCACAUCCACUUCCCCGACUCCAAUCGCAACAAUCAGGCGGAGAAGAGCAACCAGGUGUCCAUUGCAGGUCAGCCAGGAGGGGUAGAGGCAGCUCGAGCCAAAAUCAGGGAGCUGCUCCCUCUAGUUUUGUCGUUUGAGUUGCCGGCCAUCGUGCAGCCUGACCCAGGCUCCCCCACAGUGCAGCACAUCUCCCAGACCUACAACCUCACCGUAUCCUUCAAGCCCCCCACACGUCUCUACGGGACCACCGGAGUGGUCCGCGGCUCCCAGAACAACUCUAGUGCCGUCAAGAGGGGCACUGCCAUGCUGCUGGAGCACCUGGCGGGAAGCCUUGCCAGUGCCAUCUCAGUCAGUACCCACCUGGACAUCGCCCCGCAGCACCACCUCUUCAUGAUGGGCCGUAACGGCAGCAACAUCAAACACAUCACCCAGAGAACAGGAGCCCAGAUCCACUUCCCCGACCCUAACAGCCCCCAGAAGAAAUCUACUGUCUACAUCCAGGGCACCAUCGAGUCUGUCUGCCUGGCGCGCCAGUACCUCAUGGGCUGCCUGCCCCUGGUGCUGAUGUUUGACAUAAAAGAGGACAUCGAGGUGGAGCCCCAGUGUAUCACAGCUCUGAUGGAGCAGCUGGAUGUCUUCAUCAGCAUCAAGCCCAAACCAAAGCAGCCAAGCAAGUCUGUGAUAGUAAAGAGUGUGGAGCGGAAUGCAGUGAACAUGUACGAGGCCCGGAAGUUUCUGUUGGGUCUGGAGAGCAACGGGGUGUCAUCAGCCAUGUCCCCCUCCAGCAACGGCCCCACCCUCAUCUGUCCUGUCGGCCUGGACAUCCUGGCCUCUGCUGGCCUGGGGCUGAGCAGCCUGGGCUUCCUAGGUGCAUCAGUGCCCCAUUCUCUCAGUAGCUCCCCGGCUCCAAACUCUGUUCUCAACAGUCUGAACUCUUCCAUGAGCCCUAUGCAGAACCCCAGCCCCAGCACCCCGUCUCCCUCCUCCUCACUGUGGCCCAGCUCUCUCACCAGCACCCAAGGCUUCUCGUCUCAGUUGAUGAUGCACCCUGUAGCCCAGGCCACUCUGAGCAGUAUCCUGCUCUCUGGGGUCCAGGGGUACACCCAGAACACCCCCUCCCCUCCCCCCGGGCUUUCCCCAAUCGACAAGCAGACCAACGGGGUCCCUGACUGCUCCAUAGGCUCCUGUACCAUCAAUGGACAUGUCAAGCAUCCUGGCUCAGUCUAUGGCAGGAUGUCCAGUGCGUCACUGGCAGACACGGUUCUGAACCCCAACCAGUGUGACUCGGUCCAGGAGGCCAGCGGACACAACCCGUCAGAACCCCGCUCCAGCAAGUCCAACCAAGACCAAGGCUCUGACACCUUUGUGGAAGUGGGCAUGCCCAGAAGCCCAUCUCACUCAGCAAAUGGAAACGAGCUGAAACAGAUGCUGGCUUCCUGUAAGACGUCAGGGAAACGGCAGGCGGUGGAGCUCCUCCAGGGGACCAAGAACUCCCAUCUCCAGUAUGUCUGUCCAGAGCUACACUCAGACUGCUUACUGUCAGACCCAGAGUCGAGUGCUUCAGACAGCCCAGUGACAGAUAAGAGGGCACCGGGCAGUGAGCGGGCAGCAGAGAGGGCAGCACAGCAGAACGAGAGGGACAGGAUCCGCUUGGUACCACAUUCUUCCUUUGCCAACAUGCAGGGCCAACUAGAGGCGCUUGAAUAUGAACAGAAAAAGCUGUUAGCAACCAAGGCCAUGUUGAAGAAGCCUGUUGUGACUGAGGUGCGGACCCCCACUAACACGUGGAGUGGCCUGGGUUUCUCCAAGUCUAUGCCAGCAGAGACCAUCAAGGAGCUGCGCAGGGCCAACCACGUGCCCUACAAACCCACCAUGAGUACCACCUACGAGGGCUCCCCCCUGUCUCUUUCGCGCUCCGGCAGCAGAGAGGGGGUGGGCAACGGCAGUGACUCUGACAACUGGAGAGACAGGAAUGGGGGUGGGAACGGUCUUCCCAGCCACGCCGAAUUCCCAGUGUCUGUUUGCAGUCCUAAGAGGAAGCAGAACAAAUCCGCUGCAGAGCACUAUCUGAGCAGCAGUAACUACAUGGACUGUAUCUCCUCGAUCACCGGGAGCAACGGGUGCAGUCUCCAGUCCUCUCUGAAAGGGUCGGACCUCCCGGAGCUGUUCAGCAAGCUGGGCCUGGGGAAAUACACAGACGUGUUCCAACAGCAGGAGAUCGAUCUCCAGACCUUCCUCACUCUUACAGACCAGGACCUGAAAGAGCUGGGCAUCACCACAUUUGGAGCACGCAGAAAAAUGCUCCUUGCCAUCUCUGGUGUGAAUGACUACGAACUAAACAAGAACCGAAGGAAGCUGUUUGAGGCUCCUAUCAGAUCCUCCUUCCUGGAAGGGGGAGCCAGCGGUCGUCUGUCUCGUCAGUUCCACGCUGACAUGGCUAGUGUCAGUGGUCGGUGGUAGAGCUCCACUCCGCCAGGACUUAACACGACAGAGAACCAGCCUUCAGUGCCUCUCUUUGGGCUUCUGUAGGCCAGUCUCCAGCCUAUCUGGUUCUCAGUUGUCCACCCUCCAGCUUAUGCUGAACAAUAACUAUUCAACUCUUUUCUUUCUUUUUUUUUAAGGCCAUAACAAGAAGCCAUAGUUUAACCAGAAGUGCCAAAAAAUAAAGAGCCAUCUGUGGUAUAGAAAGUCCAGUGUUCACUCCACAUAGUGGUUAGAUGUUUCUGUGGAGUAUCUAUGCAUGAAAGGUAUUUUACUAAUUAUGAAGGACAGGUACUGCCCAGUAGUUGUCCAUUUUGGUAAAGGGAACAGGCCAAAUGAUUAGUACAAAAUAAUUACAUUGAUACUGCAUUCGUAGUAUGCUGUUUUAUCAAUGACAUGCACUUUAACAAUUUUGCCUGUGAAAGCCCGAUUCCUCAUAUUGGAAUACCUAUGCAUUUUGUAUUAACUCAAAGCACAAAUGUAUUUGUACCAAGCCAAAUGUAAGCACUUAGUGAGAUGGGGAAAUGAAGUCAAUAAAGUGACAUCAACAACUAAACGCAGAACCUAGUGGAUUGACCUUGGACCCCUCAGUGUUUUGAUUGUUUGACAUUCCACGAAGGUCAGUGUUGUAUCCACCAGCAGCUGCUGUAGUUGGGCUGCAGUCUGUAUGUCAUAUGUAUUUAGAAAAGUAUUAUUUUGUAUUCACAUUAUUAUUUUUUAUCUUUCUGAGGUAAUACUCAGUUUCAUGUAUUUUAUUUUGUUUUCAUUACUUUAUACAUUCACAAAUGAGUUCCUGUGGUUUCUAAUUAGUUCAUUAUUAGUCUCUUUGAUAAUUACCUUUACCCCAUAAUCUUUGGUGCCGUCAGGCUGUGUCAUGAGACUGCAGCAGAGAAAGAGAGCAGUCUGUCAAAACAGCAGGCCCCUCUCUCUGAUUCUGUUUGUUGGCCUCCUGUGGUUUUCUUAGUCAUUGUCAUUAUGUCUCCUGUAGUCAUGUCAAUGGUCUUUGUCAGUUAGUCUUUCUGUGGUCUAUAUUCUGUGUUGAAUCCUACUAUGUGUACCUCUAUCUAUUCAGGAGACAUGUCAUUAUUCCCAGACUGUGUGCUUUUAUCUUUCCUUACACUAUCCGCUUUUAGAGCUCUGGACAGAGAAGCAACCUACUACAGUGUCGAAUGCCUCCACACUACUACAGUGUCGAAUGCCUCCACACUACUACAGUGUCGAAUGCCUCCACACUACUACAGUGUCGAAUGCCUCCACACUACUACAGUGUCGAAUGCCUCCACACUACUACAGUGUCGAAUGCCUCCACACUACUACAGUGUCGAAUGCCUCCACACUACUACAGUGUCGAAUGUCUCCACACUACUACAGUGUCGAAUGCCUCCACACUACUACAGUGUCGAAUGUCUCCACACUACUACAGUGUCGAAUGUCUCCACACUACUACAGUGUCGAAUGCCUCCACACUACUACAGUGUCGAAUGCCUCCACACUACCACAGUGUCGAAUGCCUCCACACUACCACAGUGUCGAAUGCCUCCACACUACCACAGUGUCGAAUGCCUCCACACUACUACAGUGUCGAAUGCCUCCACACUACCACAGUGUCGAAUGCCUCCACACUACCAGUGUCGAAUGCCUCCACACUACCACAGUGUCGAACGCCUCCACACUACCACAGUGUCGAACGCCUCCACACUACCACAGUGUCGAACGCCUCCACACUACCACAGUGUCGAACGCCUCCACACUACCACAGUGUCGAACGCCUCCACACUACCACAGUGUCGAACGCCUCCACACUACCACAGUGUCGAACGCCUCCACACUACCACAGUGUCGAACGCCUCCACACUACCACAGUGUCGAACGCCUCCACACUACCACAGUGUCGAAUGCCUCCACACUACUACAGUGUCGAAUGCCUCCUUUACUUCUCUCUCUAAGCUGCUCAGCAGGGAAUUGUUUCUAUUAGAAUAUAGCUAUUUGGACUGACACUACCUCUCACCUAGGAGGGAACUCACACCAUAGGUGUAAACUCAAAUUCAUUUCAUAUGACAGCCCCUAGCCUAGACACAUUUCUACAUUUACCAAGAUUGUGUCCUCAACAUGUAUUCUAGCUUAAAUUAAGAAUAGUGGAAAUAUACAGUUUUCAGGCUCAGUUGUGCAAUCAGAUAUCUGGGAUUCUUGUAAAGAUCUAUUUGAUGAAGUGACAGGAUUAGGUGCUGCUUAUCAUCAAAGGACGAAGUCACUCUGAUCUCUGUAUUAUGUUCAUGUAGAACAGUAUUCUCAUACCCUUUUGUUAACGCUGUCUGACUCUGGAAGGUUUUUGCUGUAACUGUUUUAGAUUGAACGCCCAUAUUAAGCCUGGAAGUUGAUAGUCUUUGUGCAUUAUAUCAUAUAUAAGACUGUUAGUUUGAAGUACUCUUCAUUUGCAGAAUGUUUGUUGGUCGAUGGUACGGUAUUUGACGGACAAUGCAGUGAACUCUAUGCAGAGCCCAAAGUGAAACACGAAGUCUUGGAAGCUAAAUGACAGUAGGUACAGAAUGCUGAAGCAGAUGUAGAGAGAACAUUUCAAAGCAACUUACAUGCCAAAGCUUCGUUUCCACACAACAGCAACAUCACUGGCAGCAGACGUCUUAGCAUCAAACCUGCUUUUUCUCGUGAAGAUCUGUUGUAUCCUGUGUUUACGCCAUACCACUUCUUCUAACUGAUUUGUGCCCAUGUCACUAUCGUAUCAAUAAGAUAUCCUGACUUGGUUGUCAUUUCUGACCAGUAGUGUGUUAUUUUCUUUGAAAUCUUAAAACGACAGGAUAUUAAAAGGGAUUUGUUCCACCAAAAAUGUGGGUUGUGUUCAACCCUUUAUCAUGGUACUAUAUUGAAGCUGUUCAGCAUUGAUUAUGUCAGUGCAGUUAUGUUGAGCCAUGGUAGCUACCCUGCAAACCAGACAAUGUUUUUUUUUUCUUUUCGCUUCUGUAAAGUUAAGCCUGCGGUCAUUUGUGUGCUUGGAGGGUAAUAGAGAUGUCUGUCAAGUGAAUGUUGUUAGUGAGAAUUAUUGCUUUUUUAUCUGGUUUAAUGAGUCAUUUGCAAUCAAAGUUUACCACCAGCCUCCUGUCCCUACACUUAUUAUGUCUUAAAUGUUUGUGUUUAGUUCCUGUUAUUCCCAAAGGGAUACAUUUGAAGGGUCUACUUUAUACCGAGUUGGAUGAAAUGGUACAACAUUUAUAAUGAAUGUAAACCACUAAGGAAUUUAUGUAUGUUUUGCAUCUCUUUUGUAUCCUGUGCAGCCAUGCUUGUUAGCAAUUUAUCUCCAGUUUUGUGUGAGAGAAAGGUACUGUUCCAAAAAAGGUUCUACAGAAGAAUUGAGGAACUUUGCCUAAAGCUCUUGUUGAUACGAUUGUUGAGAAGGACAUUGUUUUAGCUAUGUUGUUAUAUCUGUAAAUAUAGUACAGAUGUGUUUUGGAGGAGUUAUCAAAUAAGCAAAAAAGUUUGUUCAAAACAUUGAAGUAUUAUUACAAAGGUAAUAAAUGUAUGCAGUAA